AUGCAGAUGUCUCGGGUUCUGCCGGCGCAGGACCAAGGUCCGGUCAUCCCAGCUCGACUCGACAGCGAAUGUUCCGGCUCGAGUCCUCUGUCAUACCCAUCCGCACUCCUGUACCGCCCAAUACCACAUAAAGUACAGCCGUGUCCCGCAUCAGACAGCCUGGCAUUUGCUCUCGGAUCUCUUUCGGGAACAUCUGAGCGCACGCCUCAACAUCCCACUCGCGCUCCCAUCGUCUUCUUCACACCAUCAUCAAUCAUGCCGCUCGUCGUCGUCACUCGAAUUCGCCCACGACCAGGGAUCGUCCCCACAGAGCGCAUCUUUACCCACAUUUCCGACCAGGAAGCGCGUGGAUACAACACGCACUCGGUGCUCACCGUCCACAUCGACCGGAGGGGGGAUGCGGCAAUGAAGCGAGUAGGAGUUAUGGUAGAGAAGUCUCUGCUGGCUCGCGGUGUAACAGUCCACUUCCUCCCAAUCCACCAGCCCACUAUCGGCAAUCGCGUUCGCUACAUCUUCGCGACCCACCCCACACUCCUCCUCGAUGCAGACGCCCCACGGGGGUACGAGGUCGUAGACUAUCCCGGUCUAUUCAACCUAGUCUUCAACGGAGAGCUGCAGGCUCUGGCCUACGCCCGGUCCAGCCUCCACGUCCACCUUAGUCGGUUCCCUCUCCACGCCGAAAAGCUCAACGCAGAGCUGAAUCGCUACCCAAGACUCGCGGCCAACUACCUCCGGCUCAGCGCACUCUGGGAGCGCCCCGCGUAUGGAGCCAUCUUCCGGAUGGCCGUAGCGCCAGAGCCAGCAAGGGUUCCCACAUCAGCAUCCUCCGCAUCGCGCCCAGAGGCCCCUCUUCCUGCCGGAACCAUCAUUGCUCGGCCCUCUUCGCCCUUUGCGGAGACCAUGCCUGGCGCUUGGCCCUCGGACGUCCUUCCUCGGCCCGGCGGAUCGUCCUCUGCGGGUAUCGAUAUCGCCGCUGAGCCAGAGGCAGCGCCCCCUGUCGCUCAUCCUAGGCGGAACAGGGGUAGGGCUCAGCUGGCUCGACCUGUCCCGGUGUCAACGAAGCCCUCUGCAUCCAUCAAGUGCUUCCCCUGCGGGGGGAAGGGAAAGGGGGAUCUGGAACCACGGCAUGCUCAAAAUGCCAUGGGAAAAGGCGUCGUCGCAAGUGAAAUGGUUGCGGAUAGCUCGGAUGAUGAGGGGUUGAUUCCCGCUCGCGCUCCCCUCCGGCGCAGGAUCAAGGCGGAGCCGGACGAUGGAUCCUACAAGCGCAUCCUUAGGGCCAUCAAGCACCUCGACGACUCCUCGAGUGAGGAGGACUUUGAGGUCACUGGUGCUAGUCUCCCUUCCGUCCGAGGCGCGGACAGGAAGCGGAAGCGUGACGAGCUCAAUUGA